UAUUUUUUUGAAGUAUCGACCGUCGUACCUAUUGGAUUGUUUGUAAACCAUUAUUCCUGGAGUACGUACGCAUACAACAACAUCAGAAAACAUCGGGUUGUUUUGAUGGUUCAGGAAAAAGAUAAAUCUAAUUUGAUUUUUGACGAAACAACUAUUUCAAAUGCAAGUUGGAGGGCGGUAGCAGAUACAACCAGCUGGAGAUUUGUUUACUUGAACAUAACGCCAGGACUCCAUGAGGCUUACACCACAGAAGGCGCGCCCUUCGGCUGCUACAUUUACGGGACUGGAGAUCGUAUUGGUAAUGUUUUCAAGGAAGCGUACGCUGCUAAUGUUGGAUUCAUUGUCGCCACUAUUUACGGGAACGUGUCUGGUGUCUUGCCUGAAAUGACAGCCGGGGAUAUGUUUGACAACGACAGGGACCAGCGAGUGGAUGAAGAGGCGCCGAACGGAAUAGAUGAUGAUGGUGAUGGCUUAAUCGAUGAGGACCUUGCAUUUCCCAAGACGAAUCAUGGGAAUUGGGGGCCCUGGAGCGAGUGGUUGUGUCCGGGAGUCUGUGGGAUGGCCAGAAGACACAAAGUCAGAACCUGUAGCAACCCGCCCGCCUCGGGCUACGGGCUGCCGUGUAAAGGUGUCAGCACGUUUACGGGUGGGAAUGAUUCGUGUCACACGGGGCAUAUCUGUCCUGAAGAUUGUGGAACUGGUACCUACCUGGUGGACUGUGUCGGUGACUGCUCCAACUGUGAGAAUGAUUGUAACAAGUUCAACGGCUCCUGUGACAGGUGUAGGCUGGGAUGGAUGGAUCCGUUACAUGCCUGUAAUACUGAGUGUCCAGAAAUGACGUUCGGGUUCCACUGCACAGGAUCUUGCAGUGAUAAAUGCAGCAACCACGACUGUCUAGACCGUAUACAAGGAACUUGUCCAGUUGUUGGACAGACCAGAGAUUUCAUGUUGUUACUGCCGAUCUUGUUAUUCUGCCCUAUUUGUUUCUUGCCGUGUAUAUUUCGCAGAAAAGUUCAAAUGUUACCAGAAUCUGAAGUUCAAGAUCUUACACUGCCGUUCUAGCCUGCCCAAAACUAUGAAGCCACGACUACAGAUAUAAACUUUAAUGUGGUGUUUUCU